GAGGAUCAGGUAGCCGCCUUUUGAACUUACUAGUGAUCCGGGUGGGUACGUGCAUUCUGGGUUACCCAAAACCGCGGUUUCCUUCUCCCAACAACCACUUCCAGUUUAGCAUUUUCAAGCAUUCCUGCUAAAAACCUCCUUAAUUAGGGUUCGGUUCAUAUUUCCCUCCCAAUUCCUAAGCCUCAGUCCGCACUCAUUUAUCCUCCUUUGAAAUCUUCCUCUGCCUUUUUUGCUUUGGUGAAUCCGUUUCUUAUCAUCUCUUUCUAGUAAGCAGCUGUAUGGGAGCUGCCUGCUGAACAGCUUUAGACUAAGUGCAUUUCUUAUUUCUAUGCCCACUAUGGAAUCUGAAAGUUCAAUAGCAUCGCGUGCUGAAGAACUCAAGUGUUUGGCUAAUGAAGCUUUUAAAGAUCACAAAUAUUCUCAAGCUAUUGAUUUGUACUCUCAAGCAAUUGAACUAAACAAUCAAAAUGCUGUUUACUGGGCAAAUCGGGCAUUUGCGCACACCAAAUUGGAAGAAUAUGGAAGUGCUAUACAUGAUGCAACAAAGGCUAUUGAAAUUGAUUCCAAGUACUCAAAGGGUUAUUAUAGGAGAGGGGCAGCUUUGCUUGCAAUGGGAAAGUUCAAAGAGGCUCUUAAGGAUUUUCAACAGGUAAAAAGAUUAUGCCCGAAUGAUCCUGAUGCUGCGAAGAAAUUGAAAGAAUGUGAAAAGGCUGUGAUGAAGCUAAAAUUUGAGGAGGCUAUUGCUGUUCCGGAGGCUGAAAGGCGAUCUAUUGCUGAAUCAAUUGACUUUCAUUCUAUUGUGGCAAGAAUGACCAGCCGUUCAAUUUUGUUGUCUGCUGCUGGGGCAGUGAUUCUGGCUGCUGCGUUGAUGGCUUCAAAGUUUAUGUCAGUUGGAGCUGUGUUAGCAAUUAUGACUUUGGCAGCAUCUAUCAUGGUCAUUGUUUUCCCUUUGGCACAGGUUGAACCACAAUAUUCUGGGGCUAGGAUAGAGGGAGAUACAGUAACAUUGGAGUUUGUCAAGAAAAUGAUGGAGGAUUUCAAAAAUCAGAAAUGUUUGCAUAAGAGAUAUGCAUUCCAGAUAGUCUUGCAAACUAGGGAAUUGCUUCGUGCCUUGCCUUCUCUUGUUGAUAUAACUGUUCCAGAUGACAAGCAUUUUACUGUGUGUGGUGAUGUACAUGGUCAGUUUUAUGAUCUUAUACAUAUAUUUGAGCUCAAUGGGCUCCCUUCAGAAGACAAUCCAUAUUUAUUUAAUGGUGACUUUGUGGAUAGAGGUUCCUUCUCCCUAGAGGUUAUUCUAACACUUUUUGCAUUUAAGUGCAUGUGCCCUUCAGCUAUGUAUCUAUCUAGAGGUAAUCACGAGAGCAGGAGUAUGAAUAAAAUAUAUGGAUUCGAGGGGGAAGUCAAGUCCAAGCUGAAUGACACAUUUGUUGAGCUUUUUGCCGAAGUCUUUUGUUGUUUACCUCUGGCGCAUGUCAUAAAUGAGAAGGUAUUUGUAGUCCAUGGUGGUCUUUUCAGUGUAGACGGUGUAAAGCUUUCUGACAUUAGAGCAAUUGAUCGAUUUUGCGAACCUCCCGAAGAAGGAUUGAUGUGUGAAGUAUUGUGGAGUGAUCCGCAACACUUACCUGGAAGGGGUCCCAGUAAACGUGGUGUUGGACUUUCGUUUGGUCCCGAUGUCACAGAAAGGUUUCUGCAGGACAACAAUUUAGAUUUAGUAGUGCGAUCCCAUGAAGUGAAAGACGAAGGGUACGAAAUCGAGCAUGAUGGAAAACUGAUUACGGUUUUUUCUGCACCAAACUAUUGUGAUCAGAUGGGCAACAAGGGUGCGUUGAUCCGGUUUGAAGCCCCAGAGUUAAAGCCAAACAUUGUUACAUUUUCUGCCGUAUCUCACCCUGAUGUCAAACCGAUGGCAUAUGCCAACAACUUCCUUAGAAUGUUUUCAUGAUUAUCGGAGACAUGGUGAAGUUUAGCUACAUUAUUGUGUACAACAUUCGAGCGAAAAACAGUGUGAAAAGCGUGAUACAGGAACCACUUUUCUGGGUUGAACUCCUAUCUCUUCUACAUUUUUGGUUCCAGAUUACUCACCCUACAUGUUGUGGUGAAUUAGUUAUUAGUGCCAUGUAAAACUGUGGCCUUUCUUUUUCUUUUUCUUUUUAUAAUUUAUUAUAGUGUUUUUUUUCAGAUAUUAUUGAUUGUUCCAAAAUGUCUUCAAAAAUAAUUUCCAGGCAAACGAUGCUUCAAUAUAUUCUUUGGAUUUGUGCAUCAAUGAAAGUAUUUUUGGAGCCAAGUUGCAGAAACCAAGCAGACAGUUUUUUGUGUCUCUGACUAUGAUUUCGCUCCAUUGCGAACCCGUUUAAGAUUACCUUUUAUGCGGGUCCGUUUGCCUACACGACCUUGCUUUUUCGGCCUUUGUCAUACCUGUAAGUUGUGAUUAUUAAAAUUAACAUGGAAAUCAUGUCGUGCUUGGUUGUCCUAUUGCGUCUUGUGUCAAGUUGUGUUGUGUUAAGGCCUGACAUGUUAAGUCAUGCCACAUUCAAUGUCGUGUCAUCUUUUAGAUGGGUUGUGCCAGGGCGUCUCGUGUGCCAUUCUACCCGCACUGUCCACCGUGAUUAGUAAUAUUGUUAGAGGUGUUGAGUUAUAAGAAUAAAUAUUAACUAAUACUCCCUCCGAAUCAAUUUAGUUGUUCCAUUUCCUUAUUUGGCAAAGUCUUUUUAGUUGUCCCAUUUUUAUUUUUGUCAAUCUUUUUUUACCUAAAUAUCCUUAAUUCACACAAGUAAUUACAUAUAUACCUUCAUAUAUCUUACUUACUCAACUACCUUUUACUACUUACCCUUCGCUACUUACUCUUUUUAAUGGACCCUACACCAUUC